AUGGUGGUGGUAGGGCGAUUCCACUGGGUUCGGAGGCGCAUCCUGCAAGGCGCCUGCAUCCACAUCACGUUCGGUUCGGCCUCUUUGCAGGGAAGGUCCACGGUCAAGGCUACGGUGCUGAUGGCGGAGGUGAUGGUCCUGUUGACCCGCGGGCCGAUGUUCUUGGUGAUGGCCCAGGCGGGCGCGGCUUCGCACGGUGGAUGGCCCUUGAGCCUGUACGUCAACAGGUUCUGCGUGGUCGUGAUGGGCGAGUGCAUAGGCCAAGUGGAGCGUAUCAGCGGGGUGACGGAGACAGAGGCCCAGGACUCGCUGGAGGCCGCGAUCGGCAAGGAGGACGCCUCCGAGAAGGCUUUCUGGGACCUGUGCUUCGAGUUUGGGCUGGAGCUGGACGACGUCACGUCGGACUACGAGAUCGCCUGCAGGGAGAGGGGCAAG